AUAAAAAGUCUCUCUGUAGGCCCUUCAGGUCCUGGAAGGGCUAUAAGGUCUCUCUGGAGCCUUCUGUUUUCCAGGGUAAAGAGCCCCAGCUCUCAGCCUGUCCUCGUAGUGGAGGUGCUCCAUCCUCUGAUCAUCUUCAUGGCCUGCAAGAUCAUCCAGUCCAAAUGUCCCCUUACCAGCAAAGUUUCCCACUGCCCACAUCCCUCAGUGCCACAUCAUCUCUGUGGAUCUUGGGUCCCUACUGGGAUGGUGACUUCCCUCCCCCCCAGGCUGCCUGUUCCAAUGCAUCACUGCUCUUUAGGAGACAUUUUUCCUAGCAUCCAACCCUGUGCUCUAGUUCCACAGGCUUUCCCUCACAGGGUAACCCAUUGCUCCACUGUCAUCAAUGGAAAUGAUGUCUAAACUGACAGGCUAAACUUGAUAGGCUGAGGGAGCUGGGCUCUUUCCGCCUGGAGGAGAGAAGCUGCAGGAUGACCUCAUUGCAGCCUUCAGGACUUAAAGGGAGCCUACAAACAGGAGGGGAGUCAGCUCUAGGAAAGGGCAGAUGACAGCAGGACGAGGGGAAAUGGUUUGAAGUUGAGGGAGGGGAGAUUGAGGUUGGAUGUCAGGGGGAAGUUCUGUGCUAUGAGAGUGGUGAGGUGCUGGAACAGCUGCCCAGAGAGGCUGUGAUGUCCCGUCCAUCCGUGGAGGUGUUGGGGGCCAGGCUGGAUGGGGCCCUGGGCAGCCUGGGCUGGCAUUAAAUGUGGAGGUUGGUGGCCCUGCACACAGCAGCAGGGGGUUGGAGCUUCGUGAUCCUUGAGGUCCCUUCCACCCCGGGCCAUUCUGUGAUGCUGUGAUAACUGAGACCUGUGCCUGUGAGGACGAGGCCGGGCGGAGCGUCCCAUCUGCACCAGCAGUGUGUGCAGCCACGGGCUCAGGAGCAGCAGGCUACUGCUGCUGGAGCUUCUGUGCUGCCCGGAGGAAAUCAGCCGCGUUGCUCCAUCUGUAUCGAAAACGUAGCUGACAGCAACAGCAGCUGAGACACCAGAAAGGUGAAGGACCCCCCUGCAUUUCGGCAGCACCCCACGCAAGAAAGGAAGCAGUGCUGUGGCGGUGGGGCCGCUGCUCGGGAAGGGAAGCGGGAACGCCGUCCGCCGUGCGCAAGGCAGGACUUUGCCCCCGUCGGCCGCCCUGCGCCUGGGGCGAUGCCGCAGCUCCGGCCGUGGGCGGGCCGCCCUGCAGGCGGGCUGCUGACGGCUGAAGAUGUCGAGCAGGUAUCACCGCGCGGCGGCCGACGGCAACCUGGAGCUGCUGAAAGAAGCCACUCGGAAAGACCUCAACGCUUCCGAUGAGGACGGGAUGACGCCCACGCUGCUGGCCGCGUACCACGGGCGCCUGGAGGCUCUGGAGGUCAUCUGCCGCAGAGGAGGCGAUCCGGACAAAUGUGACAUCUGGGGGAACACUCCGCUCCACCACGCCGCGUGCAACGGUCACAUCCACUGCGUCUCCUUUCUGGUCAACUUCGGUGCCAACAUAUUCGCUCUGGACAACGAGCUCCGCACGGCGCUGGACGUGGCUGCCAGCAGAGAUCGCCACGAGUGUGUCAGACUGCUGGACAGGGCCGCCAUGGAACAGAACGUGGCCAACCCCAGGAAGGUCUCCAAACAGAAGGCCCAGGCCCAGAGGAAUGUGGAGAAACAGAUCAAGGAGUGCGAGAAGCGGCAGGAGAAGCACCAGCACGAAAUGAACAGGAGCUAUAUGAAGGAGAAGGAGAAGGAGAAGGUUGGCUCGGUGACCUCCUCCAGAGGGACUCACUCCAGGGUGAAGCUGCCGACUCUCUUCACAUCGAAUACAGCAGCUCCUUUCUCCAAAAACCUGAAGGAUACCUUCAAACUGAAGGCAAAAAGGACGGCCGGCAGCACGAGAAGCCAGGAGCCACAAAGCAACGGCCAGGCAGACGGCAGGGACAGGGGAAGCGUGAUGCACUUGUUCGAUGAGAGGGAGGAGGAUGACUUACCCGAUGAUGACGGCCAGCUCUCCAUUUUCACACGGCCAGGUCUCGGCAAGAUUGUGUUUGGAAGGAAUUUGGCUGCAGAUAUAGAUCCCGGAACUGUGUCUUCCCAGAAAGAAGGUAUCAGCUUUAAAAUGUCCAGCGAGCUCUUCCAGAACGAAAGUGCUGAGAGCAGCAUGGAGGGCAAUGCUGGAAGUGGGGCAGAUGUCCCCUGGCAGGAGGAGGAGCUGCUCUGGGAUGACGAGGAAGCAGAGAGCACACCCCUGGAGGUGUUUCUGGCCUCACAGAUGCUGGAUGAGUUCCUACCCGUCUUCAUGAGGGAAAAAAUGGAUUUAGAUGCCCUGAUGCUGUGUUCUGAUGAAGACCUACAGAGCAUUCAGGUGGAGCUGGGGCCAAGAAAAAAAGUCCUGAGUGCUGUGAGUAAAAGGAAACAGGCAUUCCAGGAUCCCGGAAAGACUGUGGAUACCUGCUUGUAAAACAGCAUCCCCGUUGCUGAGAUCUGCUGAUCUGCACGCUGAGAUCUUUUCCUGCUUCAAAACAGCAUGCGACUCUUCUCACACCACUGCUAAUGCAAAGGGCAAAGAGCUCACGGCGAUGCAAGGAGCUCAUGGAAUGCAAAGAGCUCACGGUAACGCAGAGAUGUGCAGUCAGACCAGGGCUCCUCACUCUGGGUUGGUGGCAGAGGUGUGCAGGCUGCGGUGUGGAUUUGGGCACACUCUGCCAGUAGUUCAUGACAGUGAGAGCCAAGAGCUGUAAUCCAGGGCUCGUUCUCCUUGCUUACAUGGGCAGGGUCUUUGGGUUUACUGAACGCGCCGCCCGGCUUAACGAGCCGCUCCGUUCUUCUGCAAAACAGCACCGAGCAUUCCCAGAGCUCCAGGCUUCCAGGUUUAUCUCCGUCCCCGUGUUAGAUUGCUGCAAACUGCUCUUCUCAGUGCUGCUGCUCUGCUAGAAUAAAAUCUGCUCCUUGGCUCCGGCCGGGGCUCAUCGCCUCUGCUCGUGUCUGAAUUCAGGUAAAUAGGAGUAUCAGCCAGCUCCGCGCUGCCGCUCACGUUUUUCUGCUGCUGUUGCUGAGGAGUGCCUGAAAUCCCCGCUGAGAUCCAAGAGCGGUGAGCGGCACCUCCUCCUGCCUCGCUGUGUGCCGGCACACACGGCGUCCUAAGCGGCACCAGGAAACAAUUCCCUCUGCGGUCGCGAGGCCGACGGCUCUUUUCCGCGUUUAUUGUUCUGCGCGUCCCUGCAGGGCACGGCUGGCAGGCAGGCCGAGGAGCAGAGCCGUGCAGCCGGUGCUGAUGCUGCUCAGUGCCACCUCAGCCCGGCACGGCGGAUGCAUACACAUCCAGCUCACAGGAGCAGGCAGGCAGACGAUGAGCAGGGCUGGCGUCCCACUGACCGGUCCCAUAGCUGGAGAGGUGCAGUGCCUUUCCUUCAGAGCGCGUGGCGUUUGUGGAAAUGAAUUGCAGUUAAUCAUCUAUUUGUCACGCUCCGUUCUUUCCACAUUUUUGUCUCCUCUGAUUUACUCACCAUUGCUUUCCUUGGCUGGACUUUGUGCUGCAUUUUUUCUCUUUCCUGCUACUUGGCACGCUGUAUUUCCCUGUGCCAACUGCAGCCCCAAAGGCCGACUGCAUCCUGGGCUGCAGCAGCAGAGGGGGGAGGUGGGCAGCAAGGGGAUUGUCCCCCUCUGCUCUGCCCUCGGAGCCCCCAGCUGCAGUGCUGCGUCCAGGCCUGGGGCCUGGCAUAGCAAGGGGGGGAGCUGUUGCAGCAGGGCCAGGGCAGGCGAUGAAGAUGCUCGGAGCUUGGAGCAGCUCUGCUGUGCAGACAGGCUGAGGAGCCGGGGUGUGCAGCAUGGAGAGGAGAAGGCUGAAGGGAGACCUCAUUGCGGGCUUAAAGGGAGGACUUAAAGGGAGCUUAUGAACAGGAGGGGGACCGACCUUUUACAGCAGCAGACAGUGAGAGGAUGAGGAGAAAAGACUAAGCUACAAGAGGCGGAUGUAGGUGAGAUGCAGGGGAAAUCCUUCCCUCGGAGGGCAGCGAGGCGCUGGCACUGCUGCCUGGAGCUGUGGGUGCCCAUCCCUGGGGGCUCAGAGCCACGGCUGGACCCGACGGAGCUGGGGGCAGCUGGAAGGCGGCAGGGUGGGGCUGGGAGAUCUUCAAGGCCCUUUCCAACACAAGUCACCGUGUGAUUCUGUGGUCUCCAUUAAUUCUGUGCAGAUGGCAGACAGCACAUGAAGCCCCCAGGAGACCCUCGUCCUGCUUGAGCUGCACCUGGAGGAACCCCAGAGGCACACAGGACAGUGCCCUGCAGGCAGCUCAGAACACCCAUCUGCACUUUGCCAUUUCCUGAUGGGGGGAGAGGAAAAGAGAGCCUUUUCUUGCAGGUUGUCCUGCACAUGGAGCUCUGGGAUAAAACAGCAAUGUCAGACAACUGGGGAAAAACAGUAAGAUUCACAUUCCUUUUCCCCUACUUGUGUUUUUCCAUUUCUCCAUAGCUUUUUUUUUUUUUUUUUUUUUUUUUUUUUUAAAUAAUUUGGAACUAUUUAAUUAGGGAAUUGCAGGUGCAACUCCUCAGUAACAUUUGCAUGGUGCAUUUCAGCAGGAGAAAUGAUGUGCUUUAUGUACAGCCCUACAAUCCCACCCAAAUGCAAACUGCAGAGCCAUGAGGUCUCACAGCAGCAGAGCUGAGCACCACGAUGUCAUCUCCUUACAGACUGAUGGCUGUGCAGGGGAUGGACACAGCACUGAGCAUCCCAGCAAGCAGAUCUGCAUUCCCCCUCACUCAGUGAUCCCAUUUACCAGAACAGCAAUCGCCGCAACACCAGAAGUGCUUCCCUCCUGGUCUAAAAGAGCAAAGCCCACCCAGCUGUCCAGAACAGAAGUAACGGACACCAACACACAAGUCGAACAGGAGCUAUUUAAUUUUAACAUAGACGAGAGUUACAACAAAUCUUGAGAUUCUCAAUCGGUAAGAGAAGGAAGCAGAGCAGCGAGGCCUAAUCUUCGCUCUCUGAAGACCUGGAGAAGGCACCCAAGUGGCCCCACUGUGCUGAGCAGCCCGGCUCCCCCCCGGGGCGGUGGGAAGCCCAGUGGUUUCAGUUUGGGCUCACAGCAGCUCCCAUUGCCAACAGUCACUGUGAGCGCUGCUCUGCACCGCCAGCUUCUCUGAGGUGGCCGUAAUGGACUGGGCACCACCACCAGCAGCAUGCUGCAGCCACCCCCAGCACUGCCCUGCGCGGACCUGGGGCUCGCACAAUGCACUGCUGCGGCCCCGGCUGUCACAGCCCCCCGCAUUCCCCAGCUCUGCAGUAACAGCCUCAGCCCAGACACAUUUCUCAGCACUUCACAAAUGAUACAAAGCAAAAAGCACUAAAAACACUGGGGUGACGCUGCUGUCAUUAACACAUGCAGAGCUGGGGGGAGGAAUGUCUGUCCUCAUUUCUGCUGACAGCAGCAAAAGCAGUCCAGUCCCACCUUUACCCACACAAACACAUCCCCCUCCCUUCCCCGCCCCCCGCAUCGUGCUAAACCUCGUCCAUGUGCUAAACUGCACCCAUGCACACUGCUGCUCCCUGCCUUCCCACUGCCCUGCCUCACUGUUCUGAGCUGACACUGUCCUCAUUAACCCCUUCCACACAUACCUAUUUCCCAACCAGGUUCCCACACGCAGGGCUUCACAGCCUCCUUCCUCCCACACCCGCUCCUCCCCGGGCACAGGAGGCAGACUGGCCACAGGAAGGUGCAAGGGCAGCUGAAAUGAAGCUUCCAGACACGGGCUGCAUGCACAGCCAGGCUGCUCUCAGCCGCCACCCAGCCUUCCAUGCAGCCAUCGUGUAACGGCACAGAAUGGGAUUCCCUCCUUCUGCAGAGCAUUCCUGGCUCUGCUGCAAGGGAGGACCACAGACAUUCUGCCCCAGCACAGACCCGUGGGGAUGAGCACUGCUACCAACAGGCAACUCAGCCAGGUGGAAUCCAUUUCCCUGUGCACUCCAAGUUCCACUGGCCAAAAUCAGCCGGUGCUGUUCCAGCCACCAAGACGCUUUGAGAACAGCUUGCAUACACCAUAGGCGACUAAGGAAACCUCCCAGCAUGAGGAAACAUUAAAUCAAAGCACAUUUUCAGCACUGACAUUUCGGGCGAGUCCCUCCAACACAAAAAAGGCAAAACCACAGGCAGGAAAGCAGCAAGGGAGGGAUUCAGUACAGUUUCAGC